AGCACCUCGCGGGCCGCGUCUCCAAACCGCUGGUCGUCUGAAAGGAAAGAGCCACGUCUGCGACAUCGACUUGACGGAACGGAUUGCCGGAUUCGAGACAGAGUUGCUUCCGAUCCGCGCAGGAGCCUAGUUGAUCGUCGCGAGGAUGCUGCGAAAGUGUCUGGCUAUUUUACCCGCUUUACUCCUGAUACUCGGCGCCUACGCCGACGAGAAGGAUGUCCUGGAGCUCACGGACGAGACCUUCGAGAGCGAGCUCGAGCGUCAUGAGAACACGCUCGUCAUGUUUUACGCACCUUGGUGCGGGCAUUGUAAACGCUUGAAACCAGAGUAUGCCAAGGCAGCCGAGUUGCUUAUAGGCAAUGCGCCACCAAUCACUCUCGCUAAGGUAGAUUGUACAGAGUCUGGAAAGGAGACUUGCAACAAAUUUUCUGUCAAUGGUUAUCCAACUCUCAAGAUCUUUGAACGUAAUGAGUUCAGAUCUGAUUACAAUGGUCCCAGAGAAGCACCCGGUAUUGUUAAAUACAUGAAGUCUCAAGUGGGACCAGCAUCUACAGAAUUGACUAGUGAACAGGCCCACAAGACGUUCUUGGAGGCUGAUGAUGUUAGUGUGAUAGGUUAUUUCGAAAAGGAUGAUUCUCCUUUGGCCACAGCAUUCCACACUGUUGCUAAGAAACUCAGGGAAAAAGUCAGAUUCGCUCACACAUCGGACAAAGAAGUUUUGGACAAAGUGUCCCAUAAAAAUACUAUAAUUCUAUAUCGACCAAAGAUACUCCACAACAAGUUUGAAGAUAAAAGUAUAAUAUAUGAGGGUGGUGACUCUGUUAGCGAUGUGAAUGACUUUGUUACCAAAAACUACUAUGGUAUCGCUGGCAUACGCACUCGCGACAAUGCACAGGAUUUCAAGAAUCCUCUAGUGAUCGCCUACUACAACGUAGAUUAUGUGAAGAACGUCAAAGGUACAAAUUAUUGGCGCAAUCGAAUCAUCAAAGUUGCCAAGGACUUCCCCGAAUACUCAUUCGCCAUAGCUUCCAAGGAUGACUUCCAGCAUGAAUUGAACGACUUCGGUAUCGACUACACAAAGGGCGAUAAGCCAGUCGUUUUAGCACGAGAUGCCAAAAAUCAGAAAUUUGUUCUUGAAGACGAAUUCUCUGUAGAAACGUUCGAAGCGUUCCUAAAGAAUCUGCAAGCCAGUGCUCUAGAACCAUAUCUCAAAUCUGAAUCAAUUCCAGAGAGCAACACGGGCAACGUAAAAGUUGCAGUGGCCAAGAAUUUCGAUGAUGUAGUUACUAAUAACGGCAAAGACACGCUAAUCGAGUUCUACGCGCCUUGGUGUGGUCAUUGUAAGAAAUUGGCGCCAAUAUAUGACGAGUUGGGCGAGAAGCUGGCAAACGAGGACGUCGAGAUUGUCAAGUUUGACGCGACAGCGAACGACGUGCCGGCUCCGUACGAAGUACGCGGUUUCCCAACCCUCUUCUGGGUGCCCAAAGACGCCAAGGACAACCCCGUUAAAUAUGAAGGCGACCGCAAUCUCGAAGAUUUCAUCAAAUACAUCGCCAAGCAUGCCACUAACGAUCUCAAGGGCUAUGAUCGCAAAGGCAAGGCGCUCAAGUCUGGAACUGACGAGCUGUAAAACAUUAUCGAAGAAGACAAUCGCGAAGUUCGUUUUUGCAUUUCAAAAUGCAAUCGGAUCGACGAUCCGCGAGUUUUCCUCAUGUAAUACACACUUAAGAAUGUGCAUAAACAUAGAGAAGAAUAACGCUGUGAGUGCAGAUAUAAUGCGUUCCCGCAUUGCGCAUUUUGCAAUAAGUGACAGAUGAAGAAUGUUCA